CCCGUAGUCGUGGGUUGGAGGGAGGAGCCCGGGAUCCCCGCGGGCCGCCCCGGAAAGAAAUACUUGAUGGCCUAUAAAAGCGCGGAUAUCGGGACAGUGACAGUCGCUGCCCGGCCAUGGCCAUGGACCGGAGCACGCUGGAUGAAGAGGAUCCCACGGAUGCAGGGCACCGGCAUAAUGCACACGCGGCGGAUGCACACCCCUCAGACACUGCGCGGCCAGUGCACCCUGCUCUCGGCAAGCUUGAAGAGCACUUCGCUGCUGUUCCGGAUCCCGAGGCCCCAGGGCCGCACGUGCCACCCGGUCGUUCCCAUCGUUCGCUGCUCUGCGCCCUGGGCGCCGCGGUCCUGCUGCUCGCUGCCACCUGUGUCGCCUCCUUCACCCGCACGUGGACCCUUCCUGCGUCCACCGUCCCCACUCUGCCCAGCCCGGGGCCCCCUGUUGCCCGCAGUGGCUGCCUCAAUGCGACGACGUGGCAGGGUGCUCCAGUGUUUGCCAAGCUGCUAGCUUCUGAAGCAUCUUUGAAGAACGGGACCCUGAGUUGGUACCACGAAGAGGGAAUCCGCAAUGUUCACCUGUCACCGGGUUUGAGGUAUGACAAAGCCACACAAGAGCUGGUGGUGCCUGAGGCUGGCCUCUACUUCGUCUUCCUAGAACUGAAGCUGAGUCCCACACUGUCCCCAAACACAAGCCGCCGGGUGCGAGGCCAGGUCUCCCUUGUUCUGCAACCGCAGCCUCCAAUAGCUGACCUGCACAACCCUGCCCUGACUGUGAACCUGUUUCCGUCCUCCAUGGAGGCCUCUGUGGUUGCAGGUUCCUGGAGUCACCUGCUGUACCUACGGGAGGACCACCGGCUCAGUGUGGGUCUGAGUGCCCAUCUGCAUGGAGCAGAUGGGGCACACAAAUCUUGGGAGCUGUCUAAGCUCAGUACCACCAACUUUGGACUCUUCUGUGUGAACCCCCAAAUCCCAGUGGAGCUAAUGUCUCCAUGAAGGCUGGACAUGCCUGCUGCCAGCCUUUCCCUUCCAUGUGAUCCCCCCACUGAGACCCCGAGCUGCUAUUUCUCAUGGGGCCCAAGCAGGGGUAUCGCCUCCUUCCCAGGACUCUGUCCACCUCCUCCUGCCCCAAGCCGGACUCUAUUUAUUGUGAGCCUAGGCUCAAGCUAUAUUAUUUCAUUUAUAGCAUUAGCUACUCCUUGGACAGGUGCUAAUGAGAAAUGGGUUAAAAAAAAGGUUCUGAGAGAAGAAUCUUUAUUUAUAUUAAUAUUCAAGAAAUAAA